AUGGGCUGCUCCACUUCAAGAAUCGACCAGCUCCCCGCAGUGUCUUUAUGCCACGACCGCUGUAAGUUCCUUGAAGAAGCUCUCUACCAAAGCUAUGCCCUCGCUGAUGCUCAUGUUGCUUAUAUGCACUCCCUCAAGUCUCUUGGCCCUACUCUUCACCGUUUCUUUGAACUAACCCUCAUCAAUAAUCACUCAGAUUCUCAAUCUAAUGGCGACGGUGAAGCUGUUACCAAACUCAGUAAACCCUCGUCACCUGAUAAUUGUCCCUCAAGUUCAACAAACUCGGAAACUUCUCACAUUGAGUUUCGCUCUGAUUCAGAAGAUGAAGAAUUUAGAGACAACAAAGAUUUUGAUUCGUUUCAUAGAAUCCAUCAAAAUCAGUCUAAUUCUUAUUCUUAUGACCAUCGUGACUAUAAUAAAUAUGAUUAUCCGGCAUGGAAAACUCCUCCACCUCCGGCUCCAAGUAGUUCAGCCUGGGAUUUCUUGAAUUUCUUUGAAACAUAUGAAAGAUAUGAAUUACCAGCCAAAGAUAAGGAAUUCAUGAAUGAAAUUCGUGGAGAAGAUAAACGUGGUAAAAAUGGAGAAGAAGAUAGGAGGGGAGUGAAAUUGAAACCAGAGAAAGGUAAUAAUGUGAAGCAGAAUGAGGUUAAAGUGGUAGAAAAGAAAGUUGAGCCUGAGAAAGAGGAGAGUAAAGAGAGUAAAGAUUUGGGUCAGCAAGCUAAAAAUCAAAGUGUCUUGGAGGUUAUGAAAGAAGUAGAGGUUUUGUUUGACAGAGCUGCAGAGUCAGGAAAUCAAGUUUUAAAAAUACUUGAUGCAGGGAAAUUCAAAUAUUAUUACAAAAAUUCUGCUUAUCAAGAAGUUUCUUCCAAGAUGUUGCAUACUGUUAAUCCAUCUUUUUUGGAGAAGAAUGGUUCUGUUCAUGGGGGCUUUGAUGAGGAUUUAGGUAUAAUUUCAGUGAAUCUGUCUUCUACUCUUAGGAAGCUGUGCUUGUGGGAGAAGAAACUCUAUGAUGAAGUCAAGGCUGAGGAAAAAUUGCGUAUCGUUCAUGCGAAGAACUGUAGGCAGAUUAACAAUUUGGGUGAGAAAGGUGCUGAUGCCAAUAAAGUUAACUCCACUCAAGCUUUGCUGAGGAUGCUAUCUACUAAAAUCAAAGUUGCAAUUCAAGUUAUUGACAAGAUAUCAAUUACUAUCAGUAAAUUGAGGGAUGAAGAGUUGUGGCCACAGAUCAGUGACUUGAUUGAAAAGUUACUUGGCAUGUGGAAAGUUAUGCUAGAAUGUCACAGAUGUCAGUCCCAGGCAGUUAUCGAAGCCAGGAGUUUGGAUGCCAUUGCAUCCAGUGUGAAGUUCAGUGAUGCUUAUCUCGAAGCGGCAAUACAACUCAAGAUUGAGCUUCAAAAUUGGAAUCUAAGCUUUUCCAAUUGGAUCAAUGCCCAAAGAGGCUAUGUCAAAGCAUUGAAUGGCUGGCUUCUGAGAUGUCUUCCAUCUGAACCUGAAGAAAUGCCACAUGAUGUGCCACCAUCCUCCCCUGGUAGGAUAGGAGCACCUCCAGUGUUUGCGUUCUGUAACCAGUGGUCUCAUUCCAUUGAUGGGGUCUCAGAGAAUGAAGUAAUUUAUGCAAUGAAUGGAUUUUUUGCCUGUGUAAAUCAUUUCGUGGAACGGCAUCACGUAUACCUACAGCAAAAACUGACUACAGACAAGGACAUGGAGAAAAAAAUGAAGAUCUUGGAGAGGGAGGGGCAAAGGUUGCAGAAGGUGAUGCAAGCUCGAGGGAAGAUGUUUCAAGUCGGCAGGACUGUGCAUCAGAGCGAAACGAUCAAUAAUAGUAGUCUUCAGUUGGGUCUGAAACAAAUUUUUGUAGCCAUAGAGCAGUUUUCUGCCGAAAACAUGCACGGUUACGAGGAGCUUCAUGUGCACGUUGAACAUAGUAGACUCAGUGAAGAGAAUCCCGCAUCUUAA